UGAACUAUAUUUAGACACAGCCGAACUAGUUUGUCAUGGGCGAUGUGCAUGUACACAGGUACUCUACUUCCGUGUUACGUUCCCCAGUCAGACAGGACGAUAACAUCCUGGACACACCGAAGUCUCAGCUGAUCUCACCGAGGUGCCAGACAACAGGCAUGGUCAAGGUAGUUUCGGUUGCUAUUUUUUGUGUGACUGCAGGUGUUGUAUCAGGUGCCGCCAGUGCCAGUCCAGUGUUGUCUGCUGUGUCUGACACAGCCAGGUUCAGCUGGGAGAUUCCACAGGGAGGUCUGGGGACAGGAAGUACUUUCUAUGCUCUCAGUCCUGCUGGUGUUGUUGUGUUCAUAGUGACAGGCACUGGGACAUUCAGCCCCACCCCCAACUACACAUCUAGACUGGUGUACCAGGGGAACAGAGCAGCCAGGAAUGUCACCUUCACCCUCAGCAACAUCCAGACAUCAGAUGCAGGGACAUACACUUGUGGGGCUGGAGGGGCCGCUAGUGUGAUACAGAACUGUGGACAGAAGCUUGUUGUCCUGGGCAAACCCACAUCACCUGGUCGUCCACCAGUGUCAACAACACCUGUCUACAACCAGCAAGUGACCUUGACCUGCAGCUCCACCUCUACCACUGUCCCUGCUGACCAUGGUCUGACCUUGACCUAUACAUGGCAGCGGGACAACACUGACAUCACAGUUACCUCCCCUGGUUCCUCCUUCACCUUCACAGUGAGUUUCCGGGACAGUCACAGCUACAGAUGUAGAGCGAGAGAAAGUCAGGGUCUGGAGUCAGAGUGGAGCCAGGUGUACAACAUGGAGCCUCAGUACGGUCCCUACCAGAUCUCCUUGACUCCCUCCACCUCCUCCUACACUGUGACAGAACACCAGGCUCUUCCAUCAAUCUUAUGCUCCGCCCUCUGUAGACCCGGAUGUAGCUACAGGUGGUUACACAAUGGAACCGUCUUCAGCAGUGGAGCGGUGCUCCAGGGACAAGCUGACAGAUCCAAGACAGGCUCCUACAGAUGUCAGCCUUACAACACACACGGGAGAAGUGACAGUGUUACAGUCAGUGUUGAUGUUCAGUAUCCAGCCAACAUAAGCACUUUUACCGUCAACUCUCACAGUGGCUCAGUGACAGUUAACGAGUCUGAUGAAGUGAUCUUGAGAUGCCAGAUUGAUAGUAAUCCAAAGUCAGCCAUCAGGUUACUGAAUGGAACUGAGGAGUUGACAAGGGCAGAUAACUCCGUGACAGCAAUAUAUAGACUGGAGUCAGCAGACUGUAGACAAAGAGGGAACUACUCGUGUACUGCCACCAACAACAUCGGGGCAGCUGUCACCCAGAAGGUGGAAUUGCUGGUCAGGUGUCCACCUCGACUUGACGACUCGAUUUCCAAGCAACUCAAGUUCCCUGCUAGACUUGGUGGUGACGUGACUCUAUCUGUGUCAGUCCUGGCCUACCCCCUUCCUACAUUUACCUGGAGUAGAUCGAACAGCACCAGCCAGGACGUCAAUGGUUCCUCCAGCCCUGUCUCAGACAUCUCAGUCACUGCCAGACUACAUCUUACUGACCUCCAACAGCAGGACUUCGGGGACUACAAUCUGUCAGUGGGCAAUGGCGUGGGCAGUCCAGUCACAUACACAGUCAGUGUAGUGCCUGUAGGGCCACCUCAGACACCUACACAGUUUCGAGAUCUGGAUAAUGCAACAGCGUCGUCAAUAUGGUUCUCGUGGCUGCCUGGGUUCAAUGGUGGACGCCCUCAGACGUUUCUAAUUGAGUAUCUUCAGUUUGCGACAAGAACGUGGACUGUGUACAAAUCCUAUGAUGAUCCUGGCGAGAUGAUGGUUGUUGAAGUGACCGGGCUUACACCAGGAGAGAUUUACAUAUUCCGACUACAAGCUAGAAAUGACUACGGGGAUUCUGAUAGUUAUGUAUUGGUAGAAGCGGUGACUGCUGGUGAUCCACCAGACCAGGAAAAGCUCGAAGCGUCAUGCAUCGGUACAGGGGUAAUAGCAGGAGCUACAAUAGGAACCUUUCUUCUUACCCUGCUCAUUGGAGGGAUGGUUCUAAUGGUGCUGUACCGAAAGGGAUACAGAGUUGCAAACAUUCUAAAAGGAGCUGCACGAAAAAGCUCCAGCCAUCUUGAACCUGUGGAAAUGGACAACAGAGGAUAUUCAUCUCUAGAUCAGAUCGCGGCUCCAGCGCAGUAUUCAAAUGUGGAGGAGGGAUCUGAAAAACAACAGUACACACAGUUGAAGAUAUAUGAGAACACAAAAGUGGAUGCUGCAGCAGAUACAAGUACCUAUGAGGGCGUGACAGAGACUGCUCCUGUGACCUAUGAGUCCAUCAGGGCAUCGCCAUAUCAGAACACUGGGGCACAUCCUCAAGGUCUUGACGAAUGAAAUACGAACAAAGUCAACAUCAUGUCAUGAGUUUCAGCUGUGGACACAGAAACACGACGUUCAGGACAUAGCAUCACUUUGCUUUGUGACAGGACGUCCCUGUUAUUGCUUCAUAUUCACAUUACUUCACACGAUAAAGUUCCACAUGCACGUUUACUGUUAGAAAUUCAAAUCAUGUUGGUUACGCUUAUGUCAUCUUUGUCGAUUAUGUAUUUAAUAGUGAAUAUUUCGCAAAGCAAAUAAGCAAUAUAUUUUCACAAUGAACACACAAAUCCAAUUGGUGAUUACGUUGACAGAUGUACAUAAACAGAGACAGAACAGUCUGAAAAGUAUGGCAUAAUAUUAUGGUAGCAACAUAGGGGGAUCAGUCAUGAUUUAGUGAGGUGUCAGUGGGGCAGGAAGAACCGAUCCCCAGUCCUGCAGUAGGCACGAGGAUACCUGUGCACUACAGAAUUAACAUCUGGGUGUGUAGUGACUCGAACGAAAACGAACGAUUUCAUCGUUGAUUUGAAUGACUGAAUCUGUGAAUCUCAACAAAAUUUCAGUAGUAUAAUAUAUGCAAGUGCCUUCAGCUGAAUUGAUUUGAACAGACAGCGUGUAUGAUUUCCAACAGGUUCACAACAGCCACAAAGCAAAACUUGAUUUCACGGACGGACAUCGGUGUAACCAUUUUAUUUCUUCAGAGUUGGACGGGGCUCCGACUGGUACAACAAACUGUUAUGCAAACUGUGUCUUUAGUUUUUGGAGAAUCUUCGACACUAUAUUUAGCACAACACUGACGUCAUCCUAGACGCCUAGGGGAAUCGAGGAAAAGUCAAUACGUUGAAGUAGUAAAUUAGUUACCGCCAAAAGGUAAAUAACAACCCAAGAACAUUAAAUAUUUCACUCUUUAAGCCUUCAGUAUCCCAAUAGGCGUUCCUUCAAUCGGAAUCAGCGUUUACUGUAGGGUGUAUAAUACCAAACAACAACCAGGAAAACUCAGCCUGUGGAACGACCCGCGUAAACAACACAACCGGAAGUUGAUCAUGCAUAACAACUUGGUGUAUAUUUUUCUUAUACAAAAAAGCUACUGGCAGUUAUCAGGACACAACGCAAAUACCAAGUAACUUUGUAAACACCUACCAGGAAAAAGUGAGGAGGUCAGGGUGAGUGUACACACCAGAUGAUUAUAUAACUGACUUUGAUUGUGUCCAAAACAGGAUUCCGUAGAUGUCAUUGUGUAAAAUGAAAGAAGGAUGAGGUUACA